AUGACCAAGGGGCUAGCCUACCUGCACUCCAAGGCUGUGGGAGUGGAUGGUGACUUCCUGCCGCUGCGAGUGCGAGUGAAGGUGGCGAUAGGGGUGGCCAAGGGGCUGGCCUACCUGCACUCCAAGUCGGUGGUUCACGGCAACCUCAUGUGCUGCAAUGUGAUGCUGGAUUCAAGCUACACAGCGCUGCUGACGGGCUAUGGGCUGGCGGCAAUACUGGCCAAAGGAUCAUCAAAGAAGAUACUUAAGGGAGCGGAGGGCAUGGGGAAGGACGCGUUUGACUUUGGCGUGGUGCUCUUUUCUCUCCUCACAGGCCGGCAGGGAGCACACAGCACAGCGCAGCAGCACGGCGCCGAGGCCCUCUUUGACUGGGCCGAGCCCUACACUGACGACCUUGCUCGCAGCGCCGAGUGUGGCAGUGCCACGAGGCGCAUGGUGGUGCGCAUGCUUGAUGUGCUGGCUAAGGAAUGCAUGCAGGAUGAUCCCAGGCGCAGUAAGGGGUGGUACCGACAGACAGCGGUGGUCAGCUGCGGUGGAGAGUGGUGCAGUGCGGUGAAGCGCAUGGUGAAGGGCAUGGUGAAGAGCAUGGUGAAGAGCAUGGUGGUGCGUAUGCUUGAUGUGUUGGCUAAGGAAUGCAUGCAGGAUGAUCCCAGGUGUCGGCCCAGUAUGGAGGAUCUGGUGGUGAGGCUGUUCCGGCUGCAAGAUUCCCUGCGGGUGGGAAGGAAGCACCGGUGGGACUUCUGA